AUGAGUUUUAAUUUUGAUGCAAGCUAUAGUUUAAAUAUGGACUCCAAUGAUCUCCUCCAUGGCCCUAUUGCCUGUGUCAUCAGCAAAACCCUGCCUCCAAGCACCAAGAUCACGCCCAGAAACUCAGGCCGCAGUUCAAACCCGUCGGAAAAAAACCCCAUGAACACGAAACGUCGAAUGCGCGUGGAGUCCUACCCUCGCGGAAGCCCUUCUUCGAGUGAGGAGAUGAUGGAGCAUCGAUCGCGGAAGGCAGGAAAACGCCCCACCGCGUACCUGGAUGAGGAUCCCUUGCCGAUCCGUCGAGACGUCCUUCGCGGCCCUGGUCAGGGAAGGCAUGAAAACAGCGCGGGUUCCACUCGCACGAGUGAAAAUUCGGACCUCUUCGUUGAGGGCAGUUCGAUGAAAAGUAAAUCGCGCAAUCAUGGGAAACUACGCCGACAUUCAACCAGUCCAGAGACUGUGGUGGAGCAUUCCCCACUGCACUUGCCGGAUAUCACCCAACCACGACAUGUCCCCUACGUGGUUCCAAAUUUCAAAACAAAGGAAGGUAUAAAAGAGCGACCAAAAGGAAGUCCUUGCGUUCGGUCUGAUCAUCCUCCUAGCGGCGAUAUGGGAGACCAUUCCAAUGACAUCUUCAAGCGUAUUCCCAUAAAUGAAAAACGAUUCCUCUUUUCGAAGUUGCGAACGGAAAACAAAAUCGAUUCGACACGGCAUCCCCACGUCAUUCAAAAACAAUCACUGGAGGAUGGACGGGAUCACCUAAACAGCUACAACGUGGAGCGCCAGGAGACCUUGGCGAACGACGCCGAGGCGAUCGCGAACCUGAGCAAAGAUAAACACAUAGACAUGAUGCUGAAAUUUCGACACCAAAACAAGGACGGCGUCCCAGGCCGCAGGUCUUCCCAGACGUUUGAGUUAAAAAAUAACCGCGCCCCCCCGCUGGAUGUGAAGUUGUUGAAGUUUCUAAACUUCAGCACCGGGUCCACCCUGAAGGGAGAGGUGGAAAAGGAAGCGCCAUCCUUGAGUCCCCAACACUCGCCGAAAUUCAUCUCACCGCAGCCACGCCAACGUCGGAUUCAUUCUAUCCCACAAACUCUCGAGCGAGAGAAUAGAAAAGCGGUUGAGAUGGGUAUCGGCGCGAUUGCGUUGACUUCGGGCUCCUCUAAUACCUCCGAUUCGAUAAAAAUCGCCCCACCUUAUUCGCUGGUCUCAUCCGAAACCGCUGAUACGAAUUCGACGAGGACAAAAAGUGAACACACCAAAACCGAUGAGGAUUACCCCCUAUGCGAAGGCAAUGGAAUUGCAAAGACCGGGAAAUCAGAAUUGGCCUCGAGCUAUAAUCGGAUGAAUUCGCUCAGUAUGAGUGAGCACUUACAAUAUUCCUACACCAUGCUAACCGCCGAAGUGGCUUCGGAUGCGGAGAGCACCAAAGUGGUGGAUUCCAAAUCAAUCCCGGAGUAUGCGCCCUUGCACCCUUUCCGACGCCAUGACCUGUUGAAUGAAUGGCAGAACAAUGUGCAGGUGCUUUCGUUUCAGCCGAUUAGGAUGCGUGGGGGGGACUUUGGUGGGAGAUAUCACCAACUUCAGUGGUAUCCACGACCGCAGUCCGGCCAGGUUAAGCCGGAGGUGGCGGGGGAAAGCAUCGAGAUGAAUGAGCAAUUGCACAACGACAUUAUUCAUCUCAUUCAGAAGCGCCGCGCGUUGGUGCUGGAAUACCCUUCGGUGUUGCCCUGCAAGCUUGAUGAGAUGGUGCGCCAACGCCGCCCCCGCACCCCACGCAGCUUUUACGGUCCACCAAAACCCCACGUCGGAAAGGAUUGGUUCCGCGAUGCGAUGAAGCACGUCAAGCGUGUACUUUCGCCAGAUUUUAGCAAACUGGAUAAAGACGAUAGGACCGCCGAGCGCGACCCUCAAAUUGUGGCGUGA